AUGAUUAAAGACGAGCCUGAAGGAGAUCAAGGGGAAGCACUCGACAUUGGACUCAAAGAGGAACAAGACGAAUAUGUGAUAGUCGAGUUCGAUUAUGAUGAACUGGACAAGGAGCCAAACGAGGAAAAGGGCGUAGAGGAAGCGCGUAGUGAACCUCACCAGUCGGGAGCCCCGUCAAAUUUCUGCAUGUUUCAAGGGGUGGAUACAGACUAUGUACGUGCUCUCGAGGAGACAGUUAUCAGCCUGAAGCUUCAACUCAUCAUGGCCAAGACAAGGGCUAUGCGAGCUGAGCGAAAGGUAGAAUUAAUCACCCAAGAGGCGGAUGAACUGGCUGAACUCCUGAUAUGUCAGCUCGACGAUUGA